AUGACUGGCUUUACUGCUCUAACUAUGUUCUUAUUUGCAGAAGAGUCUACAGCUGUAGUGAAGAAGAGGAAGCCGCUUACCAGACUGAAUAUUCAUUCUGCAUUCUGGAUUUUGGCAUCAAUUUCUGUGACAUACUACUUCGAUUUUUUAAAAACUGUUAAAGAGACUAUUCAAGCAGAUAGUUGGUGGUUUGCCUCUGGUAGCUGUUUAUUUGCAGCGUGUUUAUCUGUUGCCUCUUACUGCAUACUGUAUCUUGAGUGGUAUUGUGGAAUUGAGGACUACGAUGCACGGUACCCAGCGCUGAUACCGAUCACAACAGCUACUUUCAUUGCAGCAGCAGUUUGUUUCAACAUUGCCUUGUGGCCUAUCUGGUCGUUUAUGACACCUCUGUUGCUCUUCAUUCAGUUCAUGGGUUUUGUGAUGCUUGUGUCACUCCUGGGAUAA